AUUAAUAUAUGUUUAGCUGAUGGCGAAAUAAUUUCUUCCAUUGGCAAAGGAUUGUGUAUUUUGAUUGGAAUAUCAAGAGAUGAUACUCAAAAGGACAUUGAUUACUUGUAA